AUUUACGAAGUAGCCACCUGGAUAAACGAAAUCGUAGCAAGAGAUUGCUGCUAUUAACAAUAACACAACUUUAAACGAAUUUUUGCAUUAAGAUAACAUGGUGUACGGCUUCUAUGUGCAUAGUUGGUAAGUGAAAUGACUAGCAUUCUUGCGUUCGUUCGCCGAAAUGCAGUUUUGACAGGAAUGUUGGCCGUGGCGGCCGUUAUACCAAGUGCGUAUUUCGCCUACCUCUACUACCAGAAAUAUCGCCAAGCAACUAUUGAAAUUAACGGCCGAGACAAGCUGAUAGAGCUACGAGGAAAGCUGGAACGCCUUUUACUUUCUCUAGAUCAGAUUCAGCAUGAAGUCGCAGAGAAUGAGGAUGAGGAGUGUAUUGUUUGCAACUCUUGUAAAGCAGUCGUUCAGACAUACCCAUGUCAACAUAAGGUCCUUUGCCGAAUGUGUUUUGUCAAGACCCUACAAGUAGCUGUGAGUGACUUUAAUCUACCACUGAAAUGUGUCCUUUGCCGAACACGGAUCACAACUCUGGAUAAAGACAGGCACAAGAACAUAACCUCAGCGAAAGCCUAAUGUCUAAAAUUUGAUCAACUUGACCAAGUUAUACUGUUAAAAAUGACUAUAAAAGUGAUUAUUGUUAACAUCCAUAAAAUCACGAAGUUUGUUGGGCAAGCUACAGGAGAAGUCUGCUAACCCGAACUCUGAAGGGUAACAGAAAUUAGCAGCAUCAAUUGAAAAUGUAUUUAGGCGGUUUCAUUGUAUUUUUAUCAAUAUGUGAAUGAUGCAAGUCUGCAACUCACUCAAAAUGAUAAUAUACAACCAAAAUAAGAAUCAUAAUCAUUUUUUGGAGAUAACAGAGAAAAAAUUUUGAAUUACCGGUGUAAAAUGUGGUAAUUGGGAAAAAAACAAGUAGUUCAAGUUAGCAGGGAGUUAAACUUUCCCAGGUGUUGAGUUUGAGACUUGACUGAAAAUUGAAACAUUAUUUAGAGAAAAUUGAACUUUUUUGUGUUAACAGGCAAUUAAAGUUCGUAGUUAGUAUUAAGUUAGAAUUUUAUGAGGAAUGGACGAAAUCAUACAAAAUUGGUUCAAGCAACAUCACCCAAACCUACCAAAUUUAUGUAUUUCAGUUGCUCUGUUUAAUGAAAAUAAUGUUUUCUUAGAUAUUUGAUGUAUUUUAAUGUAGAUAGGUCACAUAGGUAAAAAUUGACUGACAUAAAAAGCUAUAUCGUUUUGUUAUCAGUAACAUGGCUUAAAAUUAUCUUUAAAAGCCAGCUUCCCUUGCAGUCUGGGUUGACUUGACAUAUACCUAUUCAUUGCUUGAUGCAUCAUUUUGUAAUGAGUGUUAGGGACAACUGAGAAAGGCAGGGCCAUAUAAUAAAAAUAUAAUUUACAGAGGAA